AUUUACUCGUUGUGCGAUAAGGUUCUUUCAGACCCUAACUAACUAAAUAAAACCCCAAUCAAGAAGUUGCGCAGACAUAAAACAAUUGUAAACAACAGUGACAGUCAGAAAUUAAAUUGGUCUGCAGUAAAACUAAUACUAUAUAUAAAAGAAAAGUUGUAUUACGCAUCUGUAGACAGCUGCUCUUGCUCAAGCUUGAAAUCAGAUAAUACACCAUGGAUGUUCAGACAACACGCAUCGUACCCGAUGGUGGCUAUGGCUGGAUCAUUGUCGCCGCAGUCGCCGUCAUUAAUAUGACAAAUCAGUCAAUUUUAUCGGUGUUCGGCCAACUCUUUGUGGGUGAAUUGCGUCGCAUGCAGGAGGAUACUUUUACCGCCGCGCUCAUCACCAAUCUCAACAGCUUGGCUCUGAAUUUCUCGGGUCUCUUCAUUGGUCCAGCGAUCAAGAGCUUCAAGCCACGCAAUGUGGCAGCUUGCGGCUGUUUGCUGGUCUCCUUUGGCUUGGUGCUCUGCUCAUUCGCCACACAGACAUGGCACUUUAUUGUGGGCUAUAGUGGCUUUGUGGGCUUUGGCCUGGGCUUGAUUUCGCCAUCCACUUUUAUGGCCAUCAAUUCGUAUUUUACCACCAAACGUGGACGUGCUGUAGGCGUAUCUUUGGCUGGCGCAGGAGUUGGCCAAGUUUUCAUUCCGCAUGUAGUCCGUUACUUUAUGGUUAAUCAUGGAUUUCGUGGCGCAGUGCUUGCCAUGGCAUCGCUCUCGCUCACAGGGGUCUUUGGAGCUCUGUUCCUAAAGCCAUUGACUCCCGCUCCUGUCAAGCACAACAAUCGCAAGCACAUGCAGCUGCUGGUGGACAAACAGGACAAGUCGCAGACUAGCAUCACCAUUCAACCUCUGCAAAGCACUUCUACCCCAACCAAGACUGACGAAACGCUGUGCGGCAGGAUGGCUCAUCGUUUAGCUCAGGCCAUGGACUUGGAACUGCUCAAGGAUCUCGUCUUCUGGAGCAUCAUUGUGGGCAUGGCUUUGGUCUACACGGCCACCAUCAACUUUACCAUGGUCUUCCCCAGUUUCCUGCAACACACAGCCCAGCUCGACAGCCAACUGGUGGCCACCUGCAUGUCUGUAGUCGCUGGCGCUGAUAUCAUUUGUCGCCUGCUCUUGCCCUGCAUCACAGAUCGGUUGCGUAUACCGUAUCGUGUGGUCUUCCUCCUUGGCACAGCGGGUCUGCUUUUCGGUCGUCUUUUGCUGGCUGGGUCCACCAAUUUGGGCGUCAUUAUUUCCAUGUCCGUUUUAAUUGGAAUGACAAAAUCAGCGACGGUGAUCAACAACAAUCUGACAAUCUCAGCUCAUUGCCGUGCUGAUAAGCUAGCUGGAGGGUUGGGUCUGAGCAUGAUAAGUAAAGGCAUCAUUGUGAUAACAAUUGGUCAGCUCCUUGGCUGGAUUCGUGAUUAUGCAGACUCAUAUGUCAUCUGUUUGUACGCUCAAGCAGUGUUACUACUGCUUGUGGUCUUGGUAUGGACUCCAGAGAUUUACUAUCGCUUUAGAAAACAACAGCAGCACAAUACUUCCAAGUCCAUGGAGACUACUUACAUGUCACCCGAGCAGGCUUCGUCGAACUCGCGUGCAUAAUUUGAAAUGGGAUACGGACUCAAUUGCAAGGAUGUGAUAUAAUUUACUCUAGUUUGUAAUCCACUCAUCCUCUCGACGUAUUUAUUAUCAUAUAUAUAUUGUAGAUUUUUCGACUUUUGUAUUCCAUCAAUACUCAUCAAUAAUAAAACAUAAGCUAUACCAUAUUAUUACAAAACCAAA